AUGGAGAGGGAACCAUGGAACUUCAAGGAGGAUGAGCUCCAAAGGGUUUGGGCUACAAUCGCUGAUGGAGUACUCUUCCUCAAGGUCAAGGCAGCUCAGAUCAGGAGCCCAGUGUUGAGAUAUGUGCACAAGGCACUUGCCAACACCUUCUUUGCAAGGAAGGCACUGGGACAAUCAACGAGGGAGAAGUCAAGCUCCUUGACAUGGGAAUCAAGCCCAUCAUCUCACGCACAAGCGAUGGGAGAAAUCAGGGGAGAUAGAUCUGCAGGGAACUCAUGCCUCUCCUUGACCAGCUCUCCUCCUACAAGACAGCCUUACAACACUAGGCACAAAGAGGAAGGAAGCUUAGUGUUGGAGGGUCAUCACACCUAUCUCUGUGCUGCUGGAGUCCAUGGACAAGAGAGCUACUGA